GGGCUCCCGGGACCAGAGCUCCAGGGGGCAUCCCGGGACUCGGAGGAACCAGAGGAAGCUGCCGCGACCCCAUCGCGCUCCCAACUCAAAGCAAUGCAGGAGAAAAACCCAACUCCCGGGACCACCUCCUCGGGGGACGACACUCCAGCUCCGCACUCCCCUAAUCAAACAGACCACCCCAAUCAUAGUCCAAGAGGCACCCCUAGAUGUAUUCCAGGCUACCGUUGCCCUUUCCCGCUUUCCCCUAGGCACAGGCUUCCCCGCGAGUUCCCUCUGCACCCGGGACUUGGGAGCAUACAGAACGGGAAAACAAACCGAAACUCACUGACCUCUCUCAGCAGUAGGCUCGGCUCUGCUACGCCGCCGGCGGCUGCAGCAACCUCGGCAGCAUCCCGGGGGUCCGCGCUGCCCGCCGCGCUCGGCCAGAGGAGCACCGAGGGCCAGCUGCUGCCUGCUCCUCCCGCCGCGGGUUGCGGGGCAGCGCGGGCAGAGUGGUGGCAGCGCCUCCCGCAGCUCCCAGCUCGUCUCUCCGUUUGCUUCAGGCGGCGCCCUCCACCUGCCCAGCUGCCCUCCGGGUCCACGAUCGGACACCCGCCGCCGGGCGCCGGACACUGAGCGGGAGCUUUUGGUGUCACCCCGGGAGACCCAGGCACUGAAGAGGGCGGGAGGCUGAGCUCCGCUCCGCGGACCGCCCCUCCCCGGCGGCUCCACCCCCUCCCGCACUCCACCCCGCAGCUUAGCCGGCACGUCCGACUGUCUGUCUGUCAGUCGGUCCCCAGCGGCCAACCUCUUGGUGUAGGUGGGGAAGCAGGGACGCGCCCUCCACUCACCGUGGACCGGCGAGCACCUGGACUGAGCGCGGAAACAGGACUGAACCCCGGAUCAGACCCAGUGUUAUCUAAGGACAAUGACAUCUCAUCUCAAAAAAAAAAAAAAAGA